CAUUCCUUUUCUCAAACCUUUUUCCGGGGAUUUUUCUCUGAAAGGAGCUUUUUGUUCAUACGCUUCUUAUUUUCUUUCUUUUUUUUGAUCUGAGAAAAUCGUGGACAGCGACGAAGUAUAGAGUUCGUUUUUUGUUAUUUUUGGGUUCUGGGAUUUUGUUUUCUUGUUUGAUUUAUGCUACAGUUUUAGUGUAAAAGCGAAGCAAUGGGUUGAGAGGAAUAGCUCAGUAUAGAACUUAGAAGCAUCGGACUCAUAUCAGUUGGGAAAGACUAUUUCGGCAGGAGAAAAGGAUAGUAUUUCUGAUUAUGUACUUCUAACUUCUAAGCGACUACCUUGUUCUCGUGGAGGAGUAAUUCAGAAAUGGCUUUUGAGCCAUUGGUUUGGUAUUGUCAGCCGGUGAAAAAUGGGAAGUGGGCAAGGGCUGUGGAGAAUGCAUUUGGGCAAUACACACCGUGUGCAGUUGACUCUCUGGUAGUCUGCAUUUCUCAUUUGGUUGUUCUGGGUCUGUGCUGCUACCGGGUAUGGAGGAUCAAGAAGGAUUUCAAAGUCCAGAGGUUCUGUCUGAGGUCGAAGUUUUAUAAUUAUGUUUUGGGUUUAUUGGCUGCUUAUGGUACUGCCGAGCCUUUGUUUAGAUUAAUUAUGGGAAUUUCAGUCUUAAAUUUGGAUGGGCAGACUGGCCUUGCGCCAUUUGAGAUUGUUUCUCUACUCAUUGAGGCUCUUGCGUGGUGCUCUAUGCUGGUCUUGAUUGGUGUAGAAACUAAAGUCUACAUCCGUGAGGUUCGAUGGUUUGUCAGAUUUGGAGUCAUUUAUGCUCUAGUUGGGGAUGCUGUAAUGCUCAAUCUUGUUCUUUCAGCACAGAAGUUUUAUGAUAGGUCCGUUCUGUAUUUAUAUAUCAGUGAGGUUGUAGUCCAGAUUUUGUUUGGAAUACUUUUACUUGGAUAUGUUCCUCAUUUGGAUCCCUAUCCUGGUUAUACACCAAUUCGGACUGAAUCAGUUGAUGAUGCUGCAUAUUCUGAACUACCGGGAGGAGAGUACGAAUGUCCUGAGAGGCGUGGCAGUGUAUUUUCAACAAUGUUUUUUUCAUGGAUGAAUCCUAUAAUGAAGCUAGGGUAUGAAAGACCUAUCACAGAUAAAGAUGUGUGGAAAUUAGAUACUUGGGAUCGGACUGAAACAUUGAACAAUAAGUUCCAGAGAUAUUGGGCUGAGGAAUCUCAAAAGCCUAAGCCAUGGCUUUUAAGAGCUUUAAAUAGCAGCCUUGGUGGAAGGUUUUGGUUUGGAGGGUUUUGGAAGGUUGGCAAUGAUGCAUCCCAGUGUGGGCCUCUCGUCUUAAGUCGUCUCUUACAGUCAAUGCAACGGGGGGAUCCGGCAUGGAUCGGUUACAUCUAUGCCUUCUCAAUAUUUGCUGGAGUGGCUUUUGGUGUCUUAUUUGAAGCUCAGUAUUUUCAGAAUGUGAUGCGUGUUGGUUUUCGACUGAAAUCAACCUUGAUUGCCGCUGUAUUUCGUAAAUCUUUAAGGCUAACUCAUGAAGCUCGCAAGAAAUUUGCCUCUGGGAAAAUAACCAACUUGAUGACAACUGAUGCUGAGGCGCUUCAGCAAAUAUGCCAAUCACUUCAUACCUUAUGGUCAGCUCCAUUUCGCAUCAUCAUUUCUAUGGUUCUUCUUUACCAGCAAUUGGGUGUUGCUUCACUUCUUGGUGCAUUACUGCUUGUUCUUUUGUUCCCCAUACAGACGUUUAUGAUAAGCAAAAUGCAGAAAUUGUCUAAGGAGGUACAAUCUACAGACAAGAGAAUCAGUCUCAUGAAUGAAAUUUUGGCGGCCAUGGACACUGUGAAAUGUUAUGCAUGGGAGAGUAGUUUCCAAUCUAAAGUAGAAAGUGUACGGACGGAAGAACUGUCUUGGUUCCGUAAAGCAUCACUAAUAGCAGCGUGCAAUGGGUUUAUACUAAAUAGCAUUCCGGUUGUGGUGACUGUGAUUUCAUUUGGGAUGUUCACUUUGCUCGGUGGGGAUCUGACACCUGCAAGAGCAUUUACUUCCCUUUCUCUGUUUGCUGUGCUUCGCUUUCCCCUGUUCAUGCUUCCCAACAUAAUAACUCAGGUGGUUAAUGCAAAUGUAUCCUUAAAACGCCUGGAGGAACUACUCUUAGCUGAAGAGAGAAUUCUUCUACCAAACCCACCCCUUGAUCCACGACAGCCAGCUAUCUCAGUCAAGAAUGGAUGCUUUUCUUGGGACUCUAAGGCAGAGAGGCCCACACUGUCAAAUAUCAAUUUGGAUAUAUCUGUUGGUAGCUUAGUUGCAAUCGUUGGCAGUACUGGAGAAGGGAAGACAUCACUUAUUUCUGCAAUGCUAGGGGAACUUCCUUCAAUCUCAGAUGCCAGUGUUGUUAUGAGAGGAACAGUUGCCUAUGUUCCACAAGUUUCAUGGAUCUUCAAUGCUACUGUGCGUGAUAACAUUUUAUUUGGAUCUGCUUUUCAAUCAGCAAGAUACGAGAUGGCAAUUGAUGUAACUGCAUUGCGGCAUGACCUUGAUGUACUACCUGGAGGUGAUCUUACUGAGAUUGGUGAGAGAGGAGUCAAUAUUAGCGGCGGGCAAAAGCAAAGAGUUUCCAUGGCCAGAGCCGUAUACUCUAAUUCUGAUGUGUACAUUUUUGAUGACCCCUUAAGCGCUUUGGAUGCCCAUGUGGCUCGACAGGUUUUUGAUAAAUGCAUUAAGGGAGAACUAAGAGGAAAGACCAGAGUCCUUGUCACAAAUCAGCUACAUUUUCUCUCACAGGUCGAUAGAAUCAUUCUGGUCCAUGAAGGUGUGGUGAAAGAGGAGGGAACAUUUGAGGAGCUUUCUAAUACAGGCAUACUAUUCCAAAAGCUAAUGGAAAAUGCAGGAAAGGUGGAAGAAUAUGAGGAAGAAAAGGAAGAGGUUGAUACCAUUGACCCUAAGACCUCUUUGACACCUGUUGCAAAUGGAUCGGUGAAUGAUUUUUCAAAGAAUGCAAACCCUACAAAUAAAGCGAAGGAAGGCAAGUCUGUUCUUAUCAAGAAGGAAGAGCGGGAAACGGGUGUUGUCAGUUUGAAUGUCUUGAGAAGGUAUAAGGACGCAUUAGGGGGCCUAUGGGUGGUUAUGAUACUAUUUGCAUGCUAUGUCCUUACUGAAGUUCUUCGAGUUUCAAGUAGCACAUGGUUAAGCCAUUGGACUGAUCAAGGCACUUCGGCGGGAUACAAUCCUGGUUUCUACAAUCUGAUAUAUGCAUCUUUAUCAUUUGGCCAGGUUUUGGUGACAUUGGUGAACUCUUAUUGGUUGAUCAUAUCAAGUCUCUAUGCUGCCAGACGGUUGCAUGAAGCCAUGCUUGGAUCCAUACUAAGAGCUCCGAUGGUCUUUUUUCAAACCAAUCCACUUGGACGGAUCAUCAAUAGAUUUGCAAAGGAUUUAGGGGACAUAGAUCGAAGUGUUGCUACAUUUGUGAACAUGUUUCUUGGCCAAGUGUCGCAGCUCCUUUCUACUUUCGUCUUGAUAGGAAUUGUGAGCACGAUGUCUUUAUGGGCCAUAAUGCCACUUUUGGUUUUGUUUUAUGCGGCCUACCUAUAUUAUCAGAGCACAGCACGAGAAGUAAAGCGCUUGGACUCCAUCAGCAGAUCUCCUGUUUAUGCACAAUUUGGAGAAGCACUGAAUGGUCUAUCAACUAUUCGUGCAUACAAAGCUUAUGAUCGGAUGGCGGACAUCAAUGGCAAGUCUGUAGACAACAAUAUUAGAUUUACCCUUGUGAACAUGAGUGGAAACCGCUGGCUAGCAAUUCGUUUGGAAACAUUGGGAGGCCUCAUGAUUUGGUUUACAGCUACUUUUGCUGUCAUGCAGAAUGGGAGAGCAGAAAACCAGCAGGCAUUUGCAUCCACCAUGGGCCUUCUUCUUAGCUAUGCUUUAAACAUUACGGGUUUGCUGACUGGUGUACUCAGACUUGCAAGUUUGGCUGAGAAUAGUCUAAAUGCAGUUGAGCGGGUUGGCACAUAUAUAGAUUUGCCUCCAGAGGCUCCUCUUAUUAUUGAGAGCAACCGUCCCCCUCCUGGAUGGCCUUCUUCAGGAUCCAUUAAGUUUGAGGAUGUUGUCCUACGUUAUAGGCCUGAACUUCCUCCUGUCCUGCAUGGAUUGUCUUUCACAAUUUCUCCAACUGACAAGGUGGGAAUUGUUGGAAGGACCGGGGCUGGGAAAUCUAGCAUGCUCAAUGCUUUAUUUCGUAUCGUAGAACUGGAAAGGGGAAGAAUAUUAAUUGAUGAUUAUGAUGUUGCUAAGUUUGGACUGGAAGAUCUACGUAAAGUUCUUGGAAUCAUACCACAGUCCCCAGUUCUCUUUUCAGGAUCUGUGAGAUUUAAUCUUGAUCCUUUCAAUGAGCACAAUGAUGCUGACCUUUGGGAGGCAUUAGAGAGGGCACAUUUGAAGGACGUAAUCAGGAGGAAUUCUUUUGGUCUGGAUGCUGAGGUUUCAGAAGCAGGGGAAAAUUUCAGUGUUGGACAGAGGCAACUAUUAAGUCUUGCUCGGGCAUUGUUGCGGAGAUCAAAAAUACUGGUUCUUGAUGAGGCUACUGCAGCGGUUGAUGUUAGAACUGAUGCCCUUAUUCAGAAAACUAUUCGAGAGGAAUUCAAAUCAUGUACAAUGCUUAUUAUUGCUCAUCGACUGAAUACCAUCAUCGACUGUGACCGGAUCCUUCUGCUUGAUGCUGGUCAGGUUUUAGAAUAUGAUACCCCAGAGAAACUGCUGUCAAAUGAAGAAAGUGCUUUCUCUAAUAUGGUUCAAAGUACAGGGGCAGCAAAUGCUCAAUACUUACGUGGCUUGGUACUUAGGGUAGAAGAAGAAAACAAGUUGGCAAGAGAGAACAACCGGGUUGAUAGACAGAGGAGAUGGCUUGCCUCUUCCCGAUGGGCUGCUGCUACCAAGUUUGCCGUUGGUGUUAGCCUUACCUCAUCACAUAAUGAUCUUCAACGUCUGGAAAUAGAAGAUGAAAACAGUAUCCUCAAGAAAACAAAGGAUGCAGUGAUAACUCUACAGAGGGUUUUGGAAGGAAAUCAUGACAAAGUAAUUGAAGAGUCACUUGAUCAAUACCAGAUCUCAAGAGAUGGAUGGUGGUCAGCUCUUUACAGGAUGGUUGAAGGACUUGCUGUGAUGAGUAGGUUAGCUCGGAACAGACUUCAACAUUCAGAGUAUGAUUUUGAUGACAGAUCUAUUGACUGGGACCGUAUUCAAAUGUAGGCGCUACGGAUGUUUUAGUUAACCAGUUUCGUAGCCAUACCUAAACCGACGCAUUUGCACACGCACGAACUGAGUGUAUUUACUAUUUUUGUGAUUAUCUCGUGUCUUUAUAAAUGUUCAAGCAAACAAGGGAGAGAGAUUGCAAGGCAUUAUUAGACACAUUGCACUUUGUAAACUUCGUUUUGAAUCCUGGGUUGACUUUGAGGAAUUUGCAUUAGCUUGUUUGAUCAGUAAUUUUGGGCUAUGAAUGUAACUAUUGAACUGAAUUGUUCAAUAGGAGCCAAUAAUGAGCCUUGAAUAGUUAUGCUGUUAACUUGAAAGUUCCCAACAUAACGAGUGUUUGAAUGCAAGAGUUUAGUUACUCUUC